CCCCCCCAAAAAAAAAAAAACCUUUCCUUUUAUUCCAUCUUCUCUUCAUUUGAUAAAAAAAACUCGUCUUUUUGCUGAUUUCAUUCAAACAAACCACCCUUUUCCCCCCUUACUUUGGCUAUCUCGUUCACUUGGAUUACUCUGUUUUCGCUCUGUUCUAGCCCAUUUUCAUCAAAAACUAACCAUUUCCAAACUUGGGUCCUUUAGUUUUUAUCUGAUAAAAAAUGGGGCUCUCCAAAAAACCACAACUAGAUGGGGUGUUAGACAAUGAAGGGAAGAAAUGGGUAAUCACCGGUAUCGCUAUAAGGACUUCAUUGAAGCCAAUAAACACGAAACCAAGAGCAAAAGAAAACCAAGAAGCAGAAGAAGAGGAAGCUUGUUCAACAACUCCAACUUCAAAAGAAGCAAAAAUACCAGACAAAUUAGCAUGCCCUUUAGCUCCAAGAAAGCCUAGGCCUCCAUUGAGAUGCCAUUACACUGGGGUUAGGGAGUUCUUUACCCCUCCUGAUUUGGAAUCAGUGUUCAAGCUCCAUGUUGAGAAAGCAAAUUGAGUUUAUGCUUAAAAAGAAGUGGGGUUUUUUUUUUAGGUUAGAAGCUGAUCCUAUGCUAUCUUCUUUUCUUUUUUUUUGGGUUCAAUAGUCACUCCUCUAACUCUAAGCCAAAGACAAAUAGUGGAGAAGAAGAGGUCAAGGUGUACAAAGAUAUAAUAUUUCCAUGAAAUGAGUAGUGUAGCUUUGUUUACUUCAUUUUACCUCAAAGUUUUUUAUUUUGACUAUGAUAUAUAUAAAAGUUUCUUGCUUUAGGUAUUGCAAUAUUAGAAGCUAGUUGAUAGUGUAAUGGAAUGGUUUUUGUAACUUGGUUGUAGUGCUUGAAAACUAUGAGAUUGUUGGGUGAUAUUCAAAUGACAAUUUUUUUGGUAUUUUAAA